UUUUUUGGGAGGGGGGAGGCGAGUACAGGUCGUGCUGCAAUUAGUUCAUUGAAAACUCAGUUGCUCUCGGAGCGGAGGAGCAGACUGCUUUCAGCUUUUCUUCUGCUCACUGGUAAAAUCUUCUGUGGAGAGCUGCAAUAAUGCCCAAAAGAAAGGCUGCAGGUCAAGGCGAUAUGAAGCAGGAGCCAAGGAGAAGAUCGGCCAGACUGUCUGCUAUGCCUGUGCCCAUUAUACCAGAGUUGAAGCCCAAAAGAUCAACUCCAAGAAAAAUGAAAAAAGAUGAUCUGAUGGAAACGACUGUAACUACAAGUCCCCAAAACAUAGCUGAAACCAAGCAAGAAGAAGCUGUUAAAGAACACAGCAAUGAAAAUGCUGAAAAUGGAGGAGCCAAAAUUAUAGAGGCUCCUGCUCUUGAAAAAGAAUUUGAGGAAAUGAAAGAAGAAAAAAUUGAUAUUGAAGAAGAGGGAGGAGAAAAGGGACAAGCAGUGGUAUCAGAAGAAAAGAAAAAUGAAAAAGAAGAUCAGAAAGGAGAUGGAGAAGAAGAGAAAGGAGAAGAUGGAAAAGAAGACAAAAAUGAAAAUGAGGGAAAAGGUGAAAAAGAGGAUGAAGAUGGAAAAAAGGAAGAAGGAGAUGGAAAAGAGGAAGAAGACCAAAAAGAGGGUGAAGAUGGAAAAGGGAAAGGAGAUGAAAAAGAUGGUGAAGAUGAAAAGGAGAAAGGAAAAGGUGACAAAGAUUCUGGGGAUGAAAAAGAUAAAGGGGAAGAUGAAAAACAAGGAGAAGAUAGAAAAGAGGAAGGUGAUGGAAAAGAUGAUGAAGAUGAAAAAGAUGAUGAAGAUGGAAAAGAGGAUGAAGAUGGAGAGAAUGACAAUAGGAAGGAUGGAGACAAAAAAGAUGAUGAAGAUGGAAAUGAGAUAGAUGGAAAAAGGAAAGAAGAUGGAAAAGAUGACAAAGAUGGGAAAGAGGAAGAAGGAAAAAAGGAGGAAGGUGGAAAAGGAGAUGGGAAAGGUGGAAGGCAUGGAAAGGAAAAUGAAAAUAAGGCUGAAGUUGAAAAAGAAGAGGUCAAAAAAGAAGAUGGAGAGAAAGAAGACCCUCAGAGUAUUGUUUAAAGCUGCCCUAUGUAGUUUCAUAAUUUGGUAAUAUGUGCCUACGUGUUGUAAUGUUAAUAGAGGUAAAUAUUUUUAUCAAAUGUUUUAUAAGCAGUUUUUCUUUAGCAUUAACUAAAUUUCAUUAUAUCUUCACACUGAUCAUUAGCUACAUUUCCUAACAUAAAACCUUUGUAAGUUUUGUGAUUAUAAUAGUGGAAUAUUUAGAAAAAGACACUUUCAGAUUUGUCAGUAAAUUUCCUUUUGUGUAAGUUAUGUGUUAAAUCUUUGAACUUCAAUUUUACUCCUGUAUGUGAUAAUUUCAUAAUGUGCAGAGAUCUGAAAAGAAAAAAUCAUGUGUGGUUCUCUAGGUUGCUUUUAUAAAGGUGAAAUAUUUUCACAUAAUGCUAAGGAGUUAGAAUGAUCUUUUCCAACUGUGACUUGUUCAUUCCAGAAGGGCAGUUCUGAUUAUAUGUGUAUCCACAAAAUUUUACUGCUUACCUUAAUAAAAAUUCUCUUCAAAGAUGAUUGUAGUUUAUUAUAUGUCCAAAAUAUAGUUAGUUAAUAAAAUAUU